CCGAGCUGUAAAGCGAGAGAGCGAAAAUUGCAGCGGAGAAAAAGUGGGGGGACGUGGAAGGCUUUCACAGACUCCGCAGUUUUCUCAGUCAAAUGAAAAAUAACAAAUAGUAUAGAUUAGGCGAACGUCUAACUGACCAGAAGAGAAGACUGUAGUUCUACACGGGAAUAUAAAAAUGUCGUCUCCAAGUCCUGCUAAGAGGCGAAUGGACACCGAUGUGGUAAAACUCAUUGAAAGCAAACACGAAGUGACGAUCCUCAGUGGACUCAACGAAUUCCUCGUGAAGUUUUACGGACCACAGGGAACACCAUAUGAAGGUGGUGUGUGGAAGGUGCGAGUAGAUCUACCAGAGAAAUAUCCAUUCAAGUCCCCCUCUAUAGGGUUCAUGAAUAAAAUUUUUCACCCCAACAUCGAUGAUGCGUCAGGAACGGUUUGCCUGGAUGUCAUCAACCAGACAUGGACGGCCUUGUACGAUCUCACCAAUAUAUUUGAGUCGUUCUUGCCUCAGUUGUUGGCGUACCCCAACCCCAUCGAUCCCCUGAACGGGGACGCGGCUGCCAUGUACCUGCACCGGCCGGAUGAAUACAAGCACAAAAUCAGAGAAUACAUCCAGAAAUAUGCGACAGAGGAGGCACUGAAGGAGCAGGAGGAGCGGGCCGGGGACUCCUCGUCGGAGAGCUCCAUGUCAGACUUCUCUGAGGACGAAGCCCAGGAUAUGGAGUUGUAGUGUGUGGAGAUCCUUAAACAGACUCCGAUUUCCCAGCCGCAAGGAGCAGACUGAUAUUCAUAUUUAAACAAGGCAUUUUUUUAUGACUAAAAAGGAUUUUUACGGAUGUAGCGUUGGUGUUUUUCAUUUCUACUUUCUCCCCCUCUAGACGUCCAUCUUUUGCAUCCUGCUCACCCCUUAACCACCUUGAGCAGUGUACAGUGUCACUGGAUUGAUGCUGAUACCACCCACUUUUCUCACCUGUGAUUCAAUAUGACCAAGGUCACUUGGAAUUCACCUCUCUUCUCAGUGGUCACAAUAAUAAUACAGAUGUUGUUGCUGGUUGUAACAUCAUGACAGUGCUUAUUAAAGAGAGUGACUGAAGACUUAAAACGCCAAGCCAGAAAUGCAGUGUUCAUUGCAUUAAAUUUCCUUCCAGUCAGUAAAUCAUGUUACACACCGAAAAUGCCUCUCUGAGAGCGUUUUUGGAUUGUGAGAAUUUUUCCUGUCUUUUUGGGUUGGAUUUAAAGUGGUAAUAACCCGGCCCCCGGGUAGCGCUAUAAGCACCUUAGAAAUGGCUGCCUGUACACAGCAGGAUUCUGGGAAAGGUCACAGUCAGGGUGUUGGAGGUUCUGUGUAACAUUGUUUUUAGCCUGCCAGUUCGGCUAGCCCUUGAAGGCGAUGCUGAUAUUGCUGAGGUCUUGCAGGAAGAACGGUGUUCAAAAGGCAUUUUUUACCUGGUUUUGCAUUCUAGCAAGACAAAACAAGUGGUAUUUAUUUGAUCCUGGUUUAAUUGACCAUUAUAGGAAAGUCUCCUCUAUUUGUCUCAUUACCCUGUUGUAGUUUUACACCAUUCAGAAAGUAAGUUAUCUUGGGCUUUGUUGAGCCCAUGUGCUGUAAGAAGAUGGGGAACAGCACUUUUUGGUUUCUGUCUGAAGGAUAGGGCUGCAUCCAUAAUGUAGAUGUUUGCUUGGUUUGUUCCGUCUUUUCGUGGGAUCUUGUGCAGCCCUAUUUUGGUUUGUUGAUUUUGUCAGCUUGCUUUCUUGAGCUGAACUAUAAUGGUAGGGUUAGUUCCUUAUUUAGGAAAAUGUGUGGUGAAUUCAGUUUAAAACAUGUACAGUAUGGUUUUCCCUCUUUGUAGAAGUAACUGGUUUCAGGCAGCUUCCUAUAGAGGAGAGGAUUAAUGAGUUCAAUUUGCAUCAUUCUGUUAUGUAAUUCAUUAAGAUAUUCCAAUGACAUGAUUUGCUGUAUUGCAGAUCUUGUCUGUUAUUCUCCUUCCAAAUUUUUGUUGACUUUUUAAAUGGAGUCCUGGGUAAUGCAGCCUGCAUCCUGCAGGGUUGGAAGUGCUGGAUGAAGCUGCUGCCGGUUCUGAAGCUGCUGGGCAGGAGCGGGGAGACGUCCACCUUCACUGCUCAGCUUGCAUCCACAUAAAGGGAGUGACCUUUUAUAAAAUCUAAUAAGUAUUUUGCUGGGUUUUUAAUAUCUUUAUAGGGUUGAGUAUUUCCCAUAAUGGAUUAAUUGGAGGUGGGCUGAGAUGGGAUGUUGUCGUCAGGAAGGGCCUUCAGGAAGGUUUCAUAGUCAGCACCUCGCUGUUCUUUUCCCCACAGCACCCUGCUGUUGUCAUGGUAAACAAGGCAGCACAUAAUAACAGUACAUAACAGCCUGAGGUCAGCUUGUCUGUUUAUUAUCUAUUUAUCCUGCAUUCUGCCCAAGAAAAUAACAAGAGCGAUGUCACAUUAACCUUGUCCCCUUUUAUACCCUGGAAUUGAGAGCUUGCAUGACCUAAGCUUCCAGGGAAGAUGGUGGUGUAGGAGGUAGUUCUAUCGUUCGGCCACUGGAGGGUUGCAGGUUCGAGCCUUGGUUCCUCCUGACCCCAUCAAAGUGUCCUUGAGUAAGACACUGAACCCCAAAUUGCUCCCGGUGAGCAGGUUGGCGCCUUGCAUGGCAGCCUCCGCUACUGGUGUAUGAAUGUGUGUAUGAAUGGGUGAAUGUGAGGCAUACAAUAUAAAGCGCUCUGAGUACUCGUAGGAGUAGAAAGGCGCUAUAUAAAUGCAGUCCAUUUACCAUUUCAAAAGAGCAGUUUUUGUGACCUCUCUGAAUGAAUGAAAUUAAAUGUGUAACUGAUUCCUUUUCUGUGUGCUUCAAGGUUGGGCCAUUCUGGAAUGCGUUCAUGAAGUUGGGAUUGGGAAAAAGAACUAUGGGCAACAGAAUUGAAAUUAAAUUUGAAUUUCAGGGAGAUUUAAGUUCUAACUCCAGUUCCAUUUCCAGAUUCAGACUGGGAUUGAUGAAUGCAAUCCAGAAUUUCCCCAAUGCCAGUGUGCUCAGUCAGAUCUGACAGAAUGCACCUUCUGGCUCCUAUGCAGAGCACAUUACAGUCUAAAAUGAGGCUGCGGACUCGCUCUGCUGUGUACGGAUGAUUGUUUACCUGUGAAAGAAGCAGGCGAUCCACCAAGAGUUCCCAUGCAGCACCUCCCAGUGCAGCUGCCACAGCCCGCGCCCGAGGGCUUGAUGCGGGCAUUGGGUCCGGGAGCAGGACCAGACAGCAGCUUGACUGCCACCUUCAUCACUCAUUUCUUCUCCUUUUUGAGAAUGAAGCCAAGCUGCUGCAGGGUCAGAGUGGAGGUUCCGGAAGUGAUGAUCCUUUAUCCAUGGAGUUAGCUGUUUGACAGCUAAGGCGACGCACAAGAAAACUGCAAAUGACACUGCCAUCCAUAUUAGUUUGCCCCCCCCAACUCUUCUCCAAAUUUACUCUCCAAACUUUUUUGCCCUGUUUUCUCUUCUAUCCUUCUUUGUUAUUUUUCAUCGUGAUUAUAUAGUGGUCAUGCGUGACGCUGACAUGCCUGUCAUCCAUAUCAUUAUAACCUCAAAUAGUUGUGCAUAAAUAAGACCUGAACUUUUUAAAUAAAAAAACAAAUGUGUACAA